AUGAUUGACUUGACAAUUUUGAGGGCAUGGAGCGGACUCUGCCAACUGUACGUCAAUACACGCGGCGCCUCGGAAGCAAAAGACAGUGUACAGCACGCUGUGAUGUCGCAGGAUGGAAGAGAUGAAAUGUGUCUAUCUGGAGAAUUUGUGGCAGCUCCGUUUAUAGUGUAUGGAGAGAGGGAAAAUGGAGGGAGGAAGAAGAAUGAAAUGUGUGGAGGAAGAGACUCGUCGGUGUACCUCUACCAUCCAUUCUUUUCCUUUUUCUCCUUUACACAUGAAUUUUCCUUGCAAUAUAUUGCAUCCAUUGUUGGUCUGCAAGCCCAAAAAAAGCGUCUAAAAAUGGCCAACGUCUAG